AAGUCAACAUAGUUUACUCCGAUUGCACCUUCCCUUCCAAAAUACACAGAGAGAUAAAGAGGCCUAUUGUUCUACGGUUUCUUUACGUGUAAGGUAUACACUUGACCACAGGGAAAAUGGACAUCGAAAAGGCUCAGGGUGAAGCUACAGAAUCUGCAAAAACAUCUCCCAAAACAAGUGAUUUUUAUGCAGUCAGUGGCAGCUUACCGGAAAGAUUUAAUCAACCAGAUUGCUUUCAGGGAUACGGCACCAAGAGCUCCAAUUCCCUGUACAGGACAACAAACCAAACAUAUGGAAGUCGAGCACCAACUGUACACGAAAUGCCGACUACGUUCAGGGGAAUGUCACAAACGUUCACUAGCCAUCUAGGAAAGUUUGGAAUGCAUAGAAACAACGGAUUUAAUACACAUACAGAGAAAAGCUAUGUCAGUGGCCCAGACAAUCUCAUCACCUAUCACGACAGACUGAACUUUCAUAACUGUUACAAUGUUAGUGGUCCAUCCUUCACUGCCUGAUCUUUACUGAAAUGUUAAGACACCAUUAAAUUGCAUAUUAAAUAAAUUUCAUAAAUCA